AUGGCACGAUUUUCCGAUCUCCCGCAAGAACUCCGUGACAUUAUCUGGCAAAUGACGAUACGAGCUAAAAGACCCGGAGCCCAUUUCUUCACGUUUCAAAAUCAUUGGGAAGACGCUGGAAUUGUGAAUUUCUCUCUGGCCCUGCCCAUACGCUUCGUCAGCAAGGCCAGGCCUCAACACAUCGGGCUCGCUGACACCCGGUCUAGCCCAGAUGGCAGGAUUUCAUGGGCCAAAGGGAACCCUUCGACAUAUAUGGAGGACUCAGGUCUUUGGACAGCUUGUUGGGACUCACGAAGACAUAUGCUGCUCAGAUUCCGACCGGACAAGUUUGGCUACCAGAGCCUUCGGCACCACCCCCGCGAAAUGCCCUGGAGCUUCUGGAGCUUCCGGGGCUCUGAGGCGGCCAAAAAGACGGAGAAUUUACAGAGGAAUUCCGGCGAGCGGCAAUUUUUCACGAUAUAUCCGGAGACAGACCUUAUCAUCCUUCAGGCCCUCCCGGAUUCGCGUCUGUCAUGGGACCGUGGUGACGACGAGUUUGCCCAUCCCACGGAAAAUAGAUUCUCUUGCUACCCACUUUUCCCUGGAAAGACAGGUCCUUACAGUGUGUGUCCACCUAAUAGCAACAAUUUCGCUCUCGAAUUUGACCCGAAGUGGUUGACGCAGGGGGGAAAAUACAUGGAUCGAUUUGAAAGCGCCCUCAAGAUGACUGGGGUCCAUUCAAUAUGGUUUAUCGAUCACAAGCUCAAGCGGAAUUUGCAGCAUCUGAGCUCACGCGAGAGGGAGGACUUCCGAGAAAACCGUGCUGUGUUUUAUACUACGGAUCGGCGAUUUAUUGAGGUCGCUUGCUACGACUCAGAGUGGGGAAUAUGGGAUGAGGCAGCCCAGAGUCAUGUAGGGUGCAAAGCAUUUGACUUUGUGCACGAGCUGGAUGACCUGAGAAUUACAUCUGGCCGUUCGGAAGGACGAUAUUGGCCAGUGCUCGCAUUCAGGGUCUUGGCCUGUGAGCUGCUGCAGCCCAAGGGAGAGACGACAACCGAUGCCGCGGCUGAGGUACAAUACAAGACGGCCUAA